AUGACAUCGAGCUUUUUGGAAAGCCCAGGAAAUUUCGAGUCGAUUAAUGAAAAAAAAAGUACAGAGUUACCCCUACAUACCUUACAGUUUUCGAAAGCUGGAAACUUGCUGAAUUCAUUUCCGGGCACAAAGUUACACAAUUUGCCAAGUGUUCAAGCUCAGUCAGCCUUCAAAGAUUGGCUAGGCCUUUUUCAAGGAGACUUACCACACAAAUAUCAAUCUAGCAUAUGUUUUGCAAAGUUGAUGAUUUACGAGUCUUAUGCUGUUUUACUCUUGUGGAGCGUUUUUUCUUUGGUAGAUUUCUAA